AUGCCCAUUACGAGGAUAACAGCAACGUCAAGGUCCAAAAUGAUCCUUGCGAUUGCUUUCAAGGCCGCCUCGAAUUCUGUCAAUUUCAGCAUGAAGAUGCCAUUCAAACGAGCCCGUAAGUUCAAACCUUCUGAUACGCUAAUCUCUGGAGUUAAUGGCUGUCUCGUUGACAAGCCAAACUGCUUUACGAAAUCGUUCCAGUUUGCUGCGGACAAGCCCGGUGUCAAGGACACGGCCGUGGCAGGUGUAGCGCUGAACCACAGCCAGCAAAAUCUGCCCUCCACACCUGAGGAAGUAGAAUACGUCAGUGUGUCAAUGGAUGAAAAGCCCUCGGAACAAGACGCUCGUGCCUGCUGA